AUGCCAGCUGAUGACAAGAAGGCCGAGACGUUCCAUCCCAAACCGUGGUUUCAAACCGACGAGAAAGCCCACGGAUACAACGGCCCGCUCCACACGGAGCCGCACGAUCUCGCCCCGAUUUCCAACUUGUUACUGGAAAGCAUGGAAGACAUGGGCUUCCCGUUGGUCCACGACAUGUUCAGCAAUGGCGAGACUCCGCAUGGUUGUGGCCACGUGCCCCGGACUGUCCACAAGGGCAUCAGAACUACCGGAGCCGACUUUGUCACCAACGAUCAACACAAGACCAAUAUUGACCUCCUGCUUGACACGGUCGUCGACAAAAUCAACUUUGAGGAGAAGGAUGGUGAACUACAUGCCACGAGCGUGGCGCUCGUCGGCAAGGAUGGCACCACCAGAGAAGUCAGGGCCACAAAGGAGAUCAUUGUCUCUGGAGGCGCAUAUUGUUCUCCGGCCAUCCUUCUCCGGUCGGGCAUUGGUCCCAAAGCUGAGUUGGAAGAGUUGGGCAUCCAGUGUCUCGUCGACUCGCAGGGAGUUGGGAAGAACUUGCUGGAUCAUCUUAUUGUGUUUGCUUUUUACGAAGUCACCAAGGAAGGACUGACCAACGACCAUCUUGUGUACGCUACGUUCUGCCUGACUGCGAUUUCACCAACUAAUCCUUCGUCCAGGUAUCACGGCGACGCUGCCAUGGCUGCAUAUAUGCUAUACAAGGAGAAAAAGGAGGGGAUCCUCUCCACAUUCCCCUUUGGCGCUUUCGCCUUUGCAAGGCUCGAUGAUCGCCUGAAAGAUGAACCACUCUGGAAGGAAGCAAAGAGGGAGCCUGGCCGGGACCCGAUGGGGUUGACUCCCAAGCAGCCAAACAUUGAGUUUUUCACCACUGAGCUGUACGGUGGCCCCAAGCAAUAUGAUCAGUUCCCCAUUGACAAGAAGCAUGCCUUUGCCAUGAUCACGGAGCUAUUCUCACCCCGGUCAAGGGGCACGGUGACUCUGAAGUCCAAAGACCCUCUAGAAAACCCGGUGGUGGACUGCAACUAUCUCGCCGACCCGCUCGAUAUGCUGGUCCUGUCUGAGGGCUGCAGGCUCGGCAAUGAGAUUGUCAUGAACCUGAACAAGGUUGCGAAACAAGAGAUUGUGAAAGGGUCGUGGCCGUCAGAUCUGACACAUCAUGCUUACACGAAACGGGAAGAAUGGGAGCCUUAUGUACGAAAAGAGGCCACCACAUGCUAUCAUGCCGCAGGGACAUGCAAAAUGGGGCGGGAUGGCGACAAGAUGGCUGUUCUUGAUGAAAAACUUCAGGUCCGCGGAGUCAAAGGCCUCCGUGUGGCUGACACCAGCGUGAUGCCUACUCUGCACGGUGGCCACACUCAGAUGCCUGCGUACGGAAUUGGCGAGAAGGCUGCGGAUCUGAUCAAAGAAAGAUGGUCAAAAGCCUAG